UACUCCAUAUAUGGACAUCUACGUCACGGUGAGAGGGUAUAUAAAGGAGUCGGAAUUCUCUGCGCAGGAAAGAGAGCCCUCAGUGCCCAGAACAUUUAACGUAAGAGCAGAAUAGACAUACUCACACACAUACUGCGCUAUCUCCCUAUCCGAAAGCAUUUGACAGAGAAAGUAGGAGUGAAUUCAAAACAACAACAACAACACAUUAUCCAAAAGGGCAGCACCCUAGUUGGAUUCAACCAGUGAAAAAACCUAACAUAUAUUAAUGAUUAUUAUUAUCAUCUGUUUUAGGGAAUGAGUAAAAGGGACACAUCUGAUCUGAACAAUAUUUUCUGAUAGAAAAUUUUUAAAAAGUGGAUUUUACUCAUCUUGGACAAAAGGAAGAAAAAUAGAAGAAGACUUUUGAAGAACCAGAAGAAAGAGUGAAAGAAACAGAAGAGAAGAUAUCCUCAUCCUCAGCAGCAGUAGCAGUCUGACCCUGCUCUCUGAGGUGGACUGGUGAUUCCACUCUGCCCAGCCUCGCUGCACUCAUUUUCAGCCUCCAGCACAGCCUCAGGCCCCUACAGGUCCACUUCUCUGGAGGAUGGCUGCAGCCAAGACAGAGAUGCUCCUUCCAGCCCUGCAGAUUUCAGACCCCCUCAGCUUCCCCCACUCUCCCAUGGAUAACUACCCCAAGCUGGAGGAGAUGAUGAUGCUGAGCUCCGCUGGGACCCCCUUCCUCUCUGCAUCAGCGCCCGAGGGAGCAGGCUUCGGAUCGGGGGAGCAAGGAGAGCAAUAUGACCACCUCGCUGGAGAUACGUUACCUGAUAUCUCCAUGAACUGUGAGAAGUCGAUGGGCGAGCAGAGCUACUCUACCCAGCGGCUGCCUCCCAUCUCCUACACUGGCCGCUUCACCCUGGAGCCAGCCACCAACUGCAGCAACAGCCUGUGGGCCGAGCCCUUGUUCAGCUUGGUCAGCGGGCUGGUGGGAAUCAACACCCCUUCCACCUCUGCCCCGCCCUCCUCCGUCUCUCAGACUGGCACCUCUUCCUCGUCCCCGUCCUCUAUCUCUUCCGUCACCAUUUCCUCUCAGAGCUGCAGUCUGAGCUGCUCUGUCCACCACAGUGAGAAUAUCCCCAUCUACUCAGCUGCUCCUACGUACUCCAGCACCAGCUCUGACAUCUUCUCUGACCAGGGCCAGGGCUUCCCUCUCCCCGCAGGGGGGUCGCUCCAGUACCCCCCGCCAACCUACUCCAAUGGCAAGACGUGUGGCUCCAGCUUUCCUGUGCCCAUGAUCCCUGACUACCUAUUCCCCCAGCAGCAGGGGGAGAUAAGCCUGCUACAGGAUCAGAAGCCCUUCCAGAAUGGGUCUGGCCAGCCCUCCCUCACUCCCCUGUCCACCAUCAAAGCCUUUGCCACCCAGACGGGCUCCCAGGACUUGAAGAGUGUCUACCAGUCCCAGCUGAUCAAGCCGAGCCGCAUGCGCAAGUACCCCAACCGUCCCAGCAAGACACCGCCCCAUGAGAGGCCUUAUGCCUGCCCUGUGGAAACGUGCGACCGCCGUUUCUCCCGCUCCGAUGAGCUGACGCGCCACAUCCGCAUCCACACGGGCCAGAAGCCCUUCCAGUGCCGGAUCUGCAUGCGCAACUUCAGCCGCAGCGACCACCUGACCACGCACAUUCGCACGCACACUGGCGAGAAGCCCUUCCCCUGCGAGAUCUGUGGGCGCAAGUUCGCCCGCAGCGAUGAGAGGAAGAGGCACACCAAGAUCCACCUGAGGCAAAAGGACAAAAAGGCGGAGAAGGGCGGGGUGGCCGGGGCGGUGGCAGAGGCACCAGUAUCAGCCCCCUCCUCAGUCUCCUCUUACCCCUCUCCAGUCACAUCCUGCUACUCCUCUCCAGUCCACACCUCGUACCCCUCUCCCUCAAUCGCCACCUCGUACCCAUCUCCCUCCAUCGCCACCACCUACCCCUCUGUCUCCAUGUCCAUGUCCAGUACUUUUCAGUCCUCCAUGGUCUCCUCCUUCCCCUCCUCCGUAGCCUCCAUCUACUCCUCUCCGGUCCCCACCCCGCUAUCAGACAUGCAUUCCACACUCUCCCCAAGGACAAUCGAGAUCUGCUAAGCAAGAGAAAAUAUACUUUUUAUUCUUUCCUCCUCCUCCCCACCACACAGUACAGUCUCUUUGAGGGGAGAAAUCAGCAUCAAAAGACAUAUUCCCCUUCUGAAAAGAACUUCUCUGCCUGCUCCCUCUGCAAGCUCUGUUCAGUGCUCAAUCCUCAGAUUCACCCGAAGAAGAGAUUAAAACACAGGUCAAGGACCGGGCAAAGAGAAUAUAGAACACGAGAAAGGAGUUUCUCCUCUCAGUUGGUAAAGCAAAUGCAGGGCUUAAAACGAGGCAUAUGAGACUUUCUCGAGCCAUAGUUGAAACAGGUAAAGACCGGUUGGUCGUUCUUAUGAGUGAAAACAUAGAGACAGACAGACAAACUGAACAUCCAGUCGUCCUGUAACUAAGGCACUAAGAGACAGACAGACGGACAGAACAUCCAGUCGUCCUGUAACUAAGGCACUAAGAGACAGACAGACGGACAGAACAUCCAGUCGAGCUGUAACUAAGGCACUAAGAGAGACAGACGGACAGAACAUCCAGUCGGGCUGUAACUAAGGCACUAAGAGACAGACAGACGGACAGAACAUCCAGUCGAGCUGUAACUAAGGCACUAAGAGAGACAGACGGACAGAACAUCCAGUCGAGCUGUAACUAAGGCACUAAGAGACAGACAGACGGACAGAACAUCCAGUCGAGCUGUAACUAAGGCACUAAGAGAGACAGACGGACAGAACAUCCAGUCGAGCUGUAACUAAGGCACUAAGAGACAGACAGACGGACAGAACAUCCAGUCGAGCUGUAACUAAGGCACUAAGAGACAGACAGACGGACAGAACAUCCAGUCGAGCUGUAACUAAGGCACUAAGAGACGUUUUAUGUAUAUUAUACUUGUGCCAUGUUUUGUUAUUUUUUCUAUUAUUUGGUACCAUUGAUGUGAAAAACAUAUUUGCAUAAUUGCAUUGUAUUAUUUGAAGUGAGCAGGGCCAUAUUUUGAAUUCUAAUACUUUCUCUGUAGUGAUGACGAUGAUGUGAUACGUUUUUGACUUUGUUUGAUGACGAAAUAAGCACUUAAGUGUUCCAGCAUGUGUUACGAGAGAUGUUAGUUUCUCUUGUUUUGUAAAUAUCAUCCACUGGUACUAUCUUUCUCUUGCUCACAUCAUGUGACAUAUCAGUCUGUUAUGUGGACAAAAAAACUUCACGUAAAAAAAAAAAUCCCAAAACCAAACCACCGUUCCUGUUUCUGGUGUCAUUUUGUGACGCCUUGCUGAUGCUUUGACACGUCUGCGUGCAAGAGAAGAUGCGUUGUGUCUCGCCUUAAGGGUUGAAGGGGUAAUUUUGUUACAGAAUGUAAGUCGUGCUCAGACUCUGAAGAAGUACAGAAAGGGGCGUGAUGACACGAGGACACUGCCUCAUUUCUUUAGAACGUAAGCAAAAUGAGAGAAAUGAUAAACUAUAUUUUUGUAACUACAAGUGUAAAUAUCCACGACUUCAAGUUGGAAUGUUGUACUUACCUACUGAGUAGGCAUGGGAUUCUUUUGUAUGUGAUAUACAUGCGGUUCAUUAUUUGAUGGUUUAUCCUUAUUUUGUAUUUGUGUUUGUUAAACCAAGUGACUGUUUCUGGCUUCUCAACACAUUGAAUGCGCUUAACUGCCAAUGGGAUAUUUGGUGUACAAGAUAUCCUCCCAGAAAUGAAAUAUAAAUAAAAUAUAAAUAUAUGUAUAGAAUUUCA